AUGACUCUACUAGCACCCUAUCAAUUUCCGCACCAGCCCCUGUGCAGUGAGCCGCCACCGCCGUAUACACCAUGCCAGACCCCCUCAUACACCCCACAGCCACCACAUCCCAGCAUGCACCAGCACACACUUCCGACCUCAAUCUCCCCCUACUUGUUCUGUGAACAGACACCCCCACAUCUGUCCCGCUCGAGCAUCUCCAGAUACGGCCGUUACCUCACCACCCUUAGCCAUGGCGUCAACAGCACCACCUACCUAUACCGACUCUGUCCACGCUUUCCAGCCAACAGCCAACCCAGAAUCUACGCCGUCAAGAUCAUCCCCUCAAUGUCUCAGCCCCCUCCCUCUACUCAAUUGUUCAAGAACAACGCACUAAACAGCAACACCAUCGAUCAUCCCAACAUCCUCCUCCCAUUCCUGCCCGCAAUCAUCGACGAUGCCGGCAAUCACCACCUGAUCACCCCCUACUGUACAGGGGGUACUCUCCAUGAACUGAUCGCAUCAACAACGCAGCUCGCUCCUGCAGAAGCAAACUGCUUCUUCAAGCAACUCCUCCGAGGGGUCGCGUAUCUCCACAACCACCCCAACCUCCAAUCCCACCUCGAACAAACUCACACUGGGCCUCCAUGGACGAGCUUGACUCUCAACCCGCAGGACAUCCUCCUCACCGGAGCAGGAACCGUGCGAAUCAAAGUCCGGGCAUUCUCCCCCUCGUCUCCCCACGCAGCGCGCAGCAGUCCAUACUAUGCGCCAGAGCUAUACCGCGUCCCCAACAACAACACCAGUAUCAACGAAAACAAUCCCAAAGCCUUCGACGCCUGGGCCCUGGGCAUGAUCUACCUAUUCAUGCGCACGGGCCGUUCAGCCUGGACCGUGGCCCAGGCGGAGGAGGAUCGGAUGUAUGCCCGGUAUGCAAGGGAAAGAGCGCAGGAGGGGGGAUUUGCCUUGAUCGAGGAUUUGGGGCCUGUCCUGACCAUCCCCAUAAGUCAAGUCAACCUCCUAACCUCCUAG